CCCAAAUUCCUCAAAGACGGUUUGUCUCACGUGUUGGGGGCGUAGAACGACUCGGUUUAAUUAGCAGCAAAGCUCGCGGGCGCUUGACGGGCCGGGCGCGGAGGGUGAGUGAGCGCGGACGCUGGCAAGCGCGCCGAGGGGACCGGGAAUCCGAGCGGCUCGCGCCUGGGAGAACGCGUGCAAGGGAGCGAGAAGGCGCGCCGACGCGAGCAGCGCGGGUUGACGGCAACAGAUGCCCGGCGCCCCCCGCGGCCGUCCUCGGAGCCGGGAGAAGGGCUUGCAGCCCGAGGUGGCACACGGCCCGUCAGAGGGCAGCAGGAGCCGUGAUGGGGCCCUUUGGAGCCCUGUGUUUGGCCUGGGCUUUGCUAGGAGUGGCCAGGGCCUGCCCUGAGCCUUGCGCCUGUGUGGACAAGUACGCCCACCAGUUUGCAGACUGUGCCUACAAGGAGCUGCGCGAGGUCCCGGAGGGGCUGCCGGCCAACGUGACCACGCUGAGUCUGUCCGCCAACAAGAUUACGGUGCUGAGACGGGGGGCCUUCGUCAACGUCACGCAGGUCACCUCGCUGUGGCUGGCUCACAGUGAGGUGCGCACCGUAGAGUCGGGGGCCUUGGCGGUGCUGAGUCAGCUCAAGAACCUCGACCUCAGCCACAACCUCAUCUCCAGCUUCCCUUGGAGCGACCUCCGAAACCUGAGCGCGCUGCAGCUGCUGAAGAUGAACCACAACCGCCUGGGCUCGCUGCCCCGGGACGCCCUCGGAGCGCUCCCGGACCUGCGCUCCCUGCGCAUCAACAACAACCGCCUGCGCACGCUGGAGCCCGGCACGUUCGACGCGCUAAGCGCGCUGUCCCACCUGCAGCUCUACCACAACCCCUUCCACUGCAGCUGCGGCCUCGUGUGGCUGCAGGCCUGGGCCGCCAGCACGCGGGUCUCCUUGCCGGAGCCCGACUCCAUCGCCUGCGCCUCGCCUCCCGAGCUCCAGGGAGUGCCGGUGCACCGCCUGCCCGCCCUGCCCUGCGCGCCGCCCAGCGUGCGCCUGAGCGCCGAGCCGCCGCCCGACGCGCCCGGCGCCCCUCUGCGCGCAGGCUCGGCUUUCCUGCUCCACUGCGCCGCCGAAGGCCACCCCGCCCCCCGCCUGCAAUGGCAACUUCAGAUCCCGGGUGGCACUGUCGUCUUAGAGCCGCCGGUGCUCCGCAGGGAGGAUGACGGGGCAGGCACGGUGGAGGAUGGCGAGGCUGCUGGAGACGAGGACCUGCCCACGCAGACUGAGGCGCCGACUCCGGCUCCAGCGCCUGCUUGGCCAGCGCCCCCGUCCACCCCGCGCUUCUUGGCCCUCGCAAACGGCUCCCUGUUGGUGCCUCUCCUGAGUGCCAAGGAGGCGGGCAUCUACACAUGCCGCGCACGUAACGAGCUGGGCACCAACUCCACGUCAGUGCGGGUGACGGUGGCUGCCGCGGGGCCGCCGAAGCACGCUCCUGGAACAGGGGGAGAGCCUGAUGUCCAGGCCCCGGCCUCUGAGCGCAAGACCACCACUAAGGGCCGCAGCAACAGCGUCCUGCCCUCCAAGCCUGAGGGCAAAACCAAAGGCCAAGGCCUGGCUCGGGCCAGCACCCACGGGGAAACCGAGGCGGAGCUGGAGGAGAGCGAUGAGGGCGAAGGCGAGCCGGUGGGGGGCCAGCUUCCGGAGGAGCCGCUGGGAGAGAAGCCCUGCGGCCACGGGGACCCCUCUCGCUACGUCUCCAACCACGCGUUCAACCAGAGCUCGGAGCUGAAGCCUCACGUCUUCGAGCUGGGCGUCAUCGCGCUGGACGUGGCGGAGCGCGAGGCCCGGGUGCAGCUCACGCCUCUGGCCGCGCGCUGGGGCCCCGGGCCAGACGGCGCGGCCGGAGAGCGGCGGCCCGGGGGGCGGCCCCCGCGCCUGCUCUACCUGUGUCCCGCGGGGGGUGGCGCGGCAGUCCAGUGGUCGCGCGUGGAGGAGGGGGUCAACGCCUACUGGUUUCGCGGCCUGCGGCCGGGCACCAACUACUCCGUGUGCCUGGCACUGGCGGGCGAAGCGUGCCACGUGCAGGUGGUGUUCUCCACAAAGAAAGAGCUGCCGUCCCUGCUGGUCAUCGUGACGGUGAGCGUCUUUCUCCUGGUGCUGGCCACGGUGCCCCUGAUGGGUGCCGCCUGUUGCCAUCUGCUGGCCAAGCACCCGGGCAAGCCCUACCGCCUCAUCCUGCGGCCACAGGCCCCCGACCCUAUGGAGAAGCGCAUCGCCGCCGAUUUCGACCCGCGGGCCUCCUACCUGGAGUCUGAGAAAAGCUACCCGGCCCGGGGCGAGGUGGGAGGCGAGGAGCCGGAGGAGGUCCCGGAAGAGGGCCUUGAUGAGGACGCGGAGCCGGGGGACCCGAGCGGGGACCUUCAGAGAGAGGAGAGCCUGGCGGGCUGCUCGCUGGCGGAGUCGCAGUCCAAGGCCAACCACGAGGAGUUCGAGGCUGGCUCCGAGUACAGCGACCGGCUGCCCCUGGGGGCCGAAGCCGUCAACAUCGCCCAGGAGAUAAACGGCAACUACAGGCAGACGGCGGGCUGAGCCCAGGCGUGCCUGCCGCCCCCGCCCGGGACCUCGCAGCCUGGGGCCGGCAGGACCCCCCUCGCGGGACCCAGCCCACCCCAGCCUUCAGCCGCCCUGCCCCCUAGCCCUCUGCAGGCGUCCCUACCAGGAGUGGGCCGAGUUCCGCGUCCCCGCUCAGUCCCCCGCUCGCUCGGCGGCCUCGGAUCCCCACCCCCACCCGAAGCACAGGCAGGCUCCUACCUCCUCGGAGACGGCGCGCAGGGGCGGCAGGAGACCGCCCACGCCUUCCGUCCACCGCGAAACCCACGGCGCCCCCACCCCGUGGAGUCUGGGGGCAAGAGGACCGGCCAGCCGCUGGCCACACGCGCCCGGGGCCCCAGGGCAGGGCCCGCGCGGAGCGCUGUCUCCCACUUUGACCCCUCUCUGCCUCUUCAAGGUUGCAUGUGCCAGGAGCCGCUCAUUUUUGGCCUCAAAGCCCCCUCCCCACGAUGGUCAAAUCCGAGGGGCCCGUCCCUCCACUCCUGCCCCUGCCCCCUUUCUGUCCAGUUAGGCCAGGCUGGGGGCCCGGGACGCCUUUCAACCCAGCGCACUGAUUUUCUUAUUUUUCGUUGUUUUCAAAGACAGAGACAUUUCUGGGUCUGGUGCUAACACGCCCUUCCCAACUUCCGGGAGACCGGGCGUGAGCGUGUCGGGUGUGGGAGUCGGAGUCCGUUCUCUUCCGCCUCUCUCUUUCCAGCGCUGCAGGACCGCGCGCCCCUUUGCCUCACAGGGUGCAGCCUCGGUCCCCGGCCAGUUUCCUUGUCGGUCUAUCGCAGGUGCCCGAGGCUGGUGCGAGCCGCAGUGGCUCUGGCGACUCCGCGGGAUCCAGACCCCAGCGGGAGCGCGCGGGGCGCGGAGAGCGCACUGUGACUCCGCGGGCGCGGCUCCUCCCGGGAGAGCGGGGUGCGCCCGGCUGUGGUCCCCGCGUGGGCGGUAGACGUCUGUGUCCUGUGAAGUGUGACCGUGUAGUGUAAGGGGGAGGGAGAGCGGGCGGGCAG